AUGAGUAUGGAAGAUUCACAUCAAAACGUCGCUCCAUUAAAUAUCACGAAGGGUAGAUCUCGCCCACCGAUUCCUCAACUCGACUUUUCCUCCAUCAACCGCACACCAAGCACAAAUCGUGGCAAGCAAGAAAAUAUGACCCCGCCCUUAACGCCACACGGUUCGAGAGGCACACCAGAAGGACUGGACAACUCGCGAUCUCUUUUCCACAACUAUCUCCGUGCUUUCUAUCCGUUCCACCCUUCGAGUGUCGUCUCACCAUCUACUGUCACACUUCCCCUUAAUCAGGGCGACAUUAUCCUAGUGCAUUCGGUCCAUGUCAAUGGCUGGGCUGACGGAACGCUUCUUGAAACCGGCGAGCGAGGAUGGCUCCCCACUAACUACUGCGAGGCGUACGAUCAUCAACCCAUGCGCCCGCUGUUGAAGGCUCUCACAGACUUUUGGGAUAUCAUUCGAGGAGGAUGCGGUACCUCUUUACGCGAUUUUAGCAAUCAAGAUUUGAUGAAAGGCCUAAUUGCAGGAGUUCGAUACUUACUAGAACGAUCCGAAUGCUUAACAAGAGAAGCACAUCUUGUCCAGCGCUACGAGGGAUUACGUCGAAACCGCAAGGCUCUACUGGCAGACCUAUCCUCCCUUGUGAAGUCUGCCAAGCGAUUACAAGAGUUGGCUAAAGGGACUCCACACGAUGAUGAGGUUGAACAUGUUCUGGAUGAAAUGCUGUUAAAGUCGUUCAAGAUCGUCACACGUGGUGUCAAGUUUCUGGAUGUCUGGAAUGAAUAUGUUGGCCUCACAAGAGCCAUUUUGGAUCUCGAGCCGCCGAGUUUGGAUGAUUACGACACCCCGAUGUUAACACCGCCCAUUGAUACUUUUAAUAUUCCUGAUCGACAAACCGAGGCCUCACCAGAAAGGAAUUGGAGUCGCCCCACCGUCAGUCGGAACUCAACCCGUACGGAGAUGGAGUGCUCACCACACCCACCAAGUGUGAUGAACGGACAAAGUAAAAGGAUCUCAGUGUCCCACAGAGUGUCUUAUUCCGGAGGAUCUGUCAAUCAAAGAAAUCCUGACUUGGCUUCAGAGCGCCUUGUUACCUCAUACGACGCUUUCUUGGGUGUCCUUGGGUCUUUCAUUGGCCUUCACCUCCAAUCUCGUUCGUCAACCGAGCUCAUUCUAACAACACAGCAAGCCGUUCAGUCUUGCCGCGAGCUACUCUCUGUUGUUGAAGCGAUAUGGGAACAUGACCUCAGACGUUCUUCGGAGCUGGAAUAUGCCAAGGAUUCAAUGUACGAUUUGAUUUCGGAAUUAGUACAGGCUGCACGUGAAGCUUUCCGACCGAACUCCUCAGAUGACGAUGUUGUUUUCAUGCCUGAUGAAGGGAAACGCAUAGUAGAUGCUGCAACUGACUGUGUUCGUGGCGCUGGAAGCUGUCUAGCGAGGUCCCUAGGUGUGUUGGAACAAAUCGGUGAUAUCGAAAUUGAUCCAUCAUGUUUUGAACAAGCACCGAGCUCAGAGCUCGCGACACCUCAACCGACCCGAGAACUAAUGACAACUGUCAAAGAUUCUCCGCAACCAUCUUUGCGCCUUCUUCCUCCACCAAUCUCCAUCCCAAACCGCGACUUGAGCCCGGCAACCCCUGCCCUUACAGAUGGAACUACGCCAUCCUCAAUGAUUUCUCGAACAGGCUUGCAGAGUCCCAAGCUUGAUGUGGAUCUAGCUUUUACACCGCUUAUUGGAAGUGAAGUUAGCCUCUCAGAUCCAACCUACCAGGAACACUGUUCGCUGGAAGAUACACAACACCUUUAUCGCUACGAAACAAGAGGUACUACAAGUACCGGAAGCUCAUUUACAUACCAAAGCACCGUUCGCGACUCUGAGAUGAGCGGUGUCUCACAAACAUCCACUAGAGCAACGUCUCCCGAUAUCAACACCACGGCCCUCACACCAUCUUUGAAAGAAAGUCUCAGCCGCUCUACUCUGGCGGAGGAGAGCGACGAGGCAGAGGCGAAUGUUCUUGAGAAGACAUUUGCCCACGAGCUCAUGUUCAAGGAUGGUCAAGUUGUAGGCGGAAGCCUUCGAGCCUUAAUCGAGAAGCUCACUGCCCAUCAAUCAACCCCAGAUGCUUUAUUCGUUUCGACAUUCUAUCUAACAUUCCGUUUAUUUGCCUCGCCUCUCGAGUUCGCCGAGGCCCUCGUUGAACGAUAUGAUUAUAUCGGAGAGACACAACAUGCGGCUGGCCCGGUACGACUUCGAGUGUACAAUGUUUUCAAAGGAUGGCUUGAAGCUCACUGGCGUCAUGAUUGUGAUGGUGUUGCGCUCAAUUUUAUCUUUGAUUUCGCCAACAAUAAAUUAAUACAUACUUUGUCUAGCGCUGGCAAACGCCUUAUCGAGCUUGCAGAAAAAGUACGUGCUACGCAUGGGCCGGUUGUGCCACGUCUUCUGUCUUCAAUUGGUAAGACGAACACGUCCGUUGUCCAAUAUGUGCCUCCAGAAACACCCCUUCCAGCUCCUUCCAUCAGCAAAAGCCAGAUGGGCCUCUUGAAGCAAUGGAAAUAUUCAGGUACUACUAUUGGUAUUCUCGACUUCGACCCUCUCGAGCUGGCUAGACAGAUCACAAUUAAAGAAUCUCAGAUAUUUUGCUCAAUCCUUCCAGAGGAACUCCUAGCAACCGAAUGGAUGAAGAAAUCUGGCUCAUUGGCUGUCAAUGUUCGAGCAAUGUCGACGCUCUCGACUGAUUUGGCCAACCUUGUCGCUGACUCUAUCCUCCAAUUAGAAGAACCGAAGAAGAGAGCGGCAGUUAUUAAACAAUGGGUGAAGAUUGCUAACAAAUGCUUGGAUCUCAACAAUUAUGACUCUCUCAUGGCCAUUAUCUGUUCUUUGAAUUCGUCUACAAUUGUCCGCUUGAAGCGUACUUGGGAGCUGGUCUCACAAAAAACAAAAACAACACUUGAAUCUCUCAAGGAAGUUGUCGAUGUUUCCCGGAACUAUGCUGUUCUGCGCCAGCGACUGCAGAAUUGCGCUCCUCCCACUCUUCCUUUCGUGGGCGUCUACCUGACCGACCUUACCUUUGUCGAUCACGGUAACCCUGCCGAGAGAAAUCUCCCUACCGAACAUGGCGGCAAGGCCGUCAUCAAUUACGACAAGCAUAUGAAGACAGCCAAAAUCAUCAGCGAGCUUCAACGUUUUCAAAUUCCCUACCGCCUGACUGAAGUACCAGAGUUGCAGACCUGGAUGCAAGAUCAGUUUGUGCGAGUACGCUCAAGCGGCGAGAAAAGCUUUCAAAAUUAUUACCGACGAUCGUUGAUUCUCGAGCCUCGGGAAAUGUCCCGAGGCCCUACAGCUGACUCCAGCGCCUCUCUUACUCCAUUGCGAGAAACUGCCAAGGACAAGUUUGAUUUCCUUUCCUGGGCUUACAGCUCAAAAGCCAAGUCUGUUAUGACGACUAGCUAA